AUGGACCCCCCCAAACAUCAUCCACGAAGGCGUCGCAUCAAGCAGGAGCCUGCAAAGAUGAAGCAAGAUCCUACUAUUACUCCACAUGUGAUACCCAAAGCCACACAGGAGUCUGAGCAGCCUGGCAUCUCGGACAGUAUCCUUCAUCGAAUUGGAGAUGUUCCAAUCAAAGCUUCAGACGACGAUGAUGAACAAGCAAAAGAGUCGUUGAUCAAGGUUGAGAAACAUGAUCUUGAUUUGAUACAUGGUCUUGAAGACCAGAAGGUAGAUACCGAUGAUCAUCAAAAACCGUCCUCCGAGGAUAUCGAUAUGCCCUUGGCACCCAAAGUCGAUUCAAUUGAACCAUCAGUCACAGUUGGAAAGCCUGAACAUGAUUUAGCCGCUGGUUUCGAAGAUCAGAAGGCGGCUACUAAGCUCGAUCGGAAAUCAUCUUUCAACGAUACCAAGAUGCUUUUGACUCCUGAUAUCCAUCUGAUUGAAUCAUCGAUUAAGAUUGAAAAGACUGAUCCUGAUUUAGCAACUAUCAGGAACGAACAGAAGGUCCCUAUUGGAGCCAAACAAGGCCCCUCUUGCGAGGAUACCGAGAUGCCCUUGGCCCCCGAAUUCGAUCCGGAUAAGCCGAUGGUCGAGGUGAAAAAGUCUGACCCUGAUUCAGCUAGUGUUGGCAAACGAGAUCCAUCUCGCGAAGAUGUUGAGAUGCCAUUGGCCCCCAAAAUCGACGCAAAUGAAUUGACAGCCAAGCCUGAGCCCUCUGACUCUAAGCGCGGUCUCAUCCCUUUCGAUUCCCGAGGUCUUUUCAAAGAGACGCAUACUACGACCUCCGUUGAGUCUUCGGACACAAUCCCAGAAGGCCGGCUCUGCUUCUCGUGUUUCAAGACAUGGGCAAAGCCACUGAAGCCCGGGAAAAAGCUACUGGAUUGUGAGAUUAUCAAUGAAAGUGAGUCCUGCUGUGGCCGAUGUGUCCGGCAACACAUCACAUGCGUGCUACUCCCAUCUGAUCUGACAAGUGGCCUGCUACAACUGAAGAAUGAGAUGAACAAUGCUUUGUAUGUGGGGGAUGCUAUUGAAGAAAAGAGAAAUUUCUGCAAUGCGUACCAGAGUGAAUCCGGGAAAGUCGCACAAUUCCAUGCAAACAUAAUGAAAGCAAGAAAGCGAGAAUACCAGCAGAAGAACAAAGACAGGCUCAGAUCAAAACAGCGAGAAUACGACCGAAAAUACUGGCAGAGGAACAAAGACAGGCUCAGUUCAAAACAGCGAGAAUACAAGCAGAGGAACAAAGACAGGCUCAGUUCAAAACAGCGAGAAUACUGGCAGAGGAACAAAGACAGGCUCAGUUCAAAACAGCGAGAAUACUGGCAGAGGAACAAAGACAGGCUCAGUUCAAAACAGCGAGAAUACAAGCAGAGGAACAAAGACAGGCUCAGAUCAAUGAAGCGAGAAUACUGGCAGAGGAACAAAGACAGGUUCAAUUCAAAACGGCGAGAACGGCGAGAACGGCUUAAAGCAAAAAAAGGUCUGCUAGUAUCAAAUUCAAAUCCCAAGGCUAAACCGAGGGAGCCCAAGCGAGAGGGCCAGGUCAAGUUAGAGGACCGAGUCAAGCAAGAGGACCGGGUCAAGUUAGAGGACCGGGUCAAGCAAGAGGACCGGGUCAAGCGAAAGGGCCAGGUCAAGGAAGAGGACCGAGUCAAGCAAGAGGACCGGGUCAAGGAAGAGGACCGAGUCAAGCAAGAGGACCGAGUCAAGCAAGAGGACCGGGUCAAGUUAGAGGACCGGGUCAAGCGAAAGGGCCAGGUCAAGGAAGAGGACCGAGUCAAGCUAGAGGACCGAGUCAAGCAAGAGGACCGGGUUAGGCCAGAGGGCCAGGUCAAGCAAGAGGUCUAG